UCCAGUUGCGUAACAGAGGUCCCAGUACCUUCAGCAAGGCCAUGCUGGACAUCGAGUGGCCCUACAGCUCAACAACGGCUCCCUGCUCUACAUCACUAAACUAGAGGUGGACGGGGACGGAGGCAUGAACUGCAGUACAGACAUGGAGAUCAACCCACUCAAUGUCUCAAACCCUCUAUCUGGAGAGAAGAACACCACCUCUCCAAGUGGAGGAGGAGACAGGACAGAGGGAAGGAACAGGAAGCACGUUCACCGCAGAGAGCUGGAGAGGAAGGAGAUGGAGGGAGACCUGGAAACUCUGGACUGUUCCAAGGUCCAGUGUCUGAAGAUCCGGUGUCAGGUGGGACGUGUGGAGAGAGGUCAGAGUGCUAUCCUCUACAUCCACUCCAGACUGGGCGUGGCCACCUUCCUCAAGACUGAGAGCCAGAACCGUUCGUUCACCGUGAGAUCCUCCGCUUCCUUCAGCGUCAUAGAGAUGCCUUAUAACAAGAACCUGUUGCCUGAGCUGCCCUCCAACACUACUACGGUGAGUAUGUCGGUGAUCUGGGUUAAAUCUGAUCCUGAACCUGUCCCUUGGUGGAUAGUGGCUCUGGCCCUGAUCGCUGGACUACUGCUGCUGGCCCUGCUCAUCUUCGUCAUGUACAAGCUGGGUUUCUUCGAGCGUGUACGCCCCCCGCGCGAGGACAGCACGGAGAAGGAGCAGCUGGCGCCGCAGGAGAACGGCGACAGAAACACUGACGCUUGAAAGAACCUGAGGGCUACCCAAGACACGACCCCGUGUACCGUCUGUAAAUACACAACAGAUAACCUGUGCUGAAUAGGUU